UAUUCACAUGUGGAGAGUGGAAGGUCUAGAACUGCACCAAAUGACAAAUUAAGUUACUGGACGUAUACUGAAUUACUUUAUUUUCUAUUGUGCAGGUUUUGAGGAUUUUAUUCUCCAAUAACUUUCAAUCACUGGAUCCGCUAUAUAAAGAGGUGACCUAUAAUUAGCGCGCUUCUUGCGUUUACAUUAAAAUGUAGUCUUACCAUCGGCAUCGACGGGACAAAGGACAGGAGCUUAUUCAUCAAAACAUCUAUUAGUAACCGACAGACUACAAUUAACAUAAAGCUGUUAUUUACUUGGAAGAAGCAACGAAUUGACUGCAAACGAAUUGACUGCAAGGAGGUCCAUAUUCAUUCCCAGUAUUUGACCCUUUAAAUAUAGGAUAUGUUGUGCCAUAUUUUGUGCUGUAAUAAUAUUUCCACUAUAUUCUUGAUUUUACUUGUGUGUUCCCCCUAGAAUCAGUUAAUAUUUUUUCCCAGAAAUAACUUCUUGCUUUCCCUCAAUAUAUUAUAGGCUUCAUAAUGGACAUGCAAGUUAUUUUCGAGGAGAUGACCUGGCCAUCGCCACGGAGUAUAUUAUUGGGGUCUUUGACAUUUCUCUUUGCCAUGCACCUGUGGCGCAGGAUUAGGCGGAACUGGGAAGUACACAGCCCGCCUGGACCGUUCGCUUGGCCGGUCAUUGGGAACGCAAUAGAGGUUGGGAAAACUCCUCACCUCUAUUUCUCUCGCAUGGCACGGAAAUAUGGGGAUGUCUUUCGAAUCAAACUUGGCUGCCGGGACGUUGUGGUGCUGAAUGGCGACGCAAUCAGGCAGGCGCUCAUCAAAAAGGGAUUUGAUUUCGCAGGCAGACCGGACUUUACCUCUUUUCAAUACAUUUCCAAUGGCGAUGGCAUUGCUUUUGGAACAUUCAGCGAAUGGUGGAAAGUGCACCGAAAAGUAGCCCAAUCUACUGUUCGGAUGUUUUCCACCGGCAACACGAACACCAAAAAGGCCUUCGAAAACCACGUUGUCUGCGAAGUUAGGGAGCUGCUCCGUCUUUUCCUGGGAAAAACGAAAGAGCACAAAUAUUUCCAGCCGAUGACAUACUUGGUGGUAUCAACAGCUAACAUAAUGACCGCGGUGUGCUUUGGAAAGAGGUAUUCCUACGACGACGCAGAGUUUGCGCAAGUGGUGGGACGAAAUGACCAAUUCUCCCAAACAGUGGGGGCUGGGAGCAUCGUUGAUGUGAUGCCUUGGCUCCAGUAUUUUCCCAACCCAAUAAAAACAAUUUUUGAAAAUUUUAAAGAGCUCAACCAGGAGUUUAGUAAAUUUAUCGUUACUAAGGUUGUCGAGCAUCGACAGACCAUUCAGUCAAGCACAAUCCGGGACAUGACAGAUGCUUUCAUCAUGGCAUUGGACCAUUCUCAGGACAGCUCGCCCGGGGUCUCACCAGGCAAAGAUUAUGUGCCACCCACUAUUGGUGAUAUUUUUGGAGCAAGCCAAGACACACUGUCUACUGCACUCCAAUGGAUCAUUCUGAUACUUGUGAGGUUUCCUCAAAUCCAGCUGCGUCUCCAAGAGGAAGUGGACAAAGUGGUCUACCGGAGCCGUCUGCCCACCAUCGAGGACCAGUCGCAGUUGCCUUACGUGAUGGCCUUUAUCUACGAGGUGAUGCGCUUCACCAGCUUUGUGCCGCUCACCAUUCCCCACAGCACCAUUACCGACACUACCAUCAUGGGCUACACCAUCCUUAAGGACACAGUGAUCUUCAUCAACCAGUGGUCCAGCAACCACGACCCCACCAGGUGGACACACCCGGAGACCUUUGACCCCCUGCGCUUCCUGGACCAGGACAGCUCUUUGAACAAGGACCUGGCCAGCAGCGUGCUCAUCUUCUCCUUGGGAAAGAGGCGGUGCAUCGGAGAGGAGUUGUCCAAGAUGCAGUUGUUCCUAUUUACAGCAUUGCUGGCACACCAGGCCCACUUUAGUCCCGACCCGGACAAGCCGCCGACCAUUGACUACACCUACGGGCUGACCCUGAAGCCCAAUAACUUCUCCAUAGCAGUACAUCUACGGGACAGCAUGGAAGUCUUGGAGGAGGCUAGCCAAAAGCCCCUCUAUGGGGAGACCCAGGAGGAAACAGGUGACUCCAGAUCAGACUGAGAAUAGAGUUGCUAAAAGCAUUUAAAAAAUGGUAAAUGAAGCUUGAAAGAAAAAAAACACUGAAGUAGAUUCAUGAACUGCAAUUCAUCCUCAUGUGCCAUCAGGUAUCAGCUACUAUAUAGUUAUAAAUAUAUUUAUGAACUGAACACUCAGGCAAAACACCCUUCAUAUAAAUCUACACUACCGUUCAAAAGUUUGGGGUCAC